CACCAGUUUACUGAUACAGAAAAAGAUGCUCACAGCCCACUUAAGGGUUUCUGGUAUAGUCAUAUGGGCUGGAUCCUUGAUAGCAGUUCUCGGUUUGGAAGAUAUGGGGGACUAAAGAAUGUUGAAGACAUGAAAAAGCAGCCAUUUUAUGUGUUUCUUCAUCAUACUUUCAUGCUACACUCAUUUGUUCUUGCAGGCAUAUUAUAUGCCGUGGGUGGACUUCCCUUCUUGGUUUGGGGAGUGGGCGUGAGAAUGGUGGUUGUUUUCCACAUUACUUUGUUUGUAAAUUCUGCUGGCCACACCUGGGGAUAUCAGACAUGGAACACCGGGGAUCUGUCUAGGAACCUUUGGUGGUUGGGAUUGCUUGCACUUGGAGAAGGCUGGCACAAUAAUCACCAUGCUUUCGAAUACUCAGCUCGACAAGGCCUGGAAUGGUGGCAAAUUGACUUGACUUGGUACAUCAUAAAAUUUCUUGAAGCUCUAGGACUGGCAACAGAUGUGAAAGUACCAUCCGAGGCUCACAGGAAACGGAUGGCUUUAAAGACAGAAUAAAUCCAUGGCUGCUCAAGAUUUGGGUUUCGACAUUUGGCUAGGCCUGGGAUGUCUAGCUUCAAACUCUAUUUGCUGUUUUAGGGUGAUAAUGAUAUUGUUCAUGCAUGUUGUGGACCUUAUUAUUGUUGAGAAUGAAUUGAUUCUAUGCUUGUAUUAGCAAUUAAUGCUUUGCUUUUAACCCGGCAUUUAUAACAAACUUGAGGGGUUUUGUUUCA